UCAGGGGCAGACUUGCAGGGAGAGGCAGGGGCAGAACAAAAGGACGCGUUUUCGAAUCCUGCUGGGAGUCUGGAAAAACUUCAGAAGGAGGAGGAGGAGACCGAAACGGUGAAGGACCACCAUGGCCGGCAUAAAAACAGCAAGCGGAGAGUACAUAGACGACUCCUGGGAGCUCAGGGUCCUUGUGGAGGACUUGGGACCGGAUGCUGACCCCAUCACACUCCGAGUCACGGGGAGCCUGCAUAUAGGAGGCAUCAUGUUACAGCUGGCGGACAAAUUGCAGCUUCAGAAGGACUGGUCGGAUCACGCCCUGUGGUGGGAGCAGAAGAAACUUUGGCUCCUGAAGACCAACUGGAGCCUGGAUAAAUACGGGCUCCUGGCUGACGCCAAACUCUACUUCACGCCCCAGCAUAAGCCGGUGAUGCUUUUCCUGCCCAACCGUUGCAGCGUAAAAGUGAGAGCCAAUUUCGCCCAGCCCGUCUUCCGCACCGUGUGCGAUCUUUGCAGGCUGCUCGCCAUCCGUCACCCGGAAGAGCUGUCCUUGCUACGGGCACCCGAAGAGAAGGAUAAACGGAAGCAGAAGGAGAAAGAGGAGACCACGGCUCAGAGUUAUGACCUCACCAGUGUCCGGCUGCCAGCAAGCGCAGAGCAGCAGACUUUCCGCGGGAUGCCUGCACACUUUUCGGACAGCGCCGAAACCGAAGGUUGCUAUCGGAUGCUGUCAGUCAGCCAGACUAGCCUGACCCCCGAGCAGAUUGUCCGAAUGCACCGGCCGGGAUCCCUGGUGGAAAAGACCAGGAUCAACAGCAGAUGGCUGGAUUCGUCCCGCACUUUGCUACAGCAAGGAGUAAAAGAACAGGAGUGUUUAUGGCUGCGUUUCAAGUAUUACAGUUUUUUCGAUCUGGAGCCAAAGUACGACGCUGUCCGGAUCAACCAGCUGUACGAACAGGCCCGCUGGUCGGUGCUGCUGGAAGAGACCGAGUGCACGGAGGAAGAAAUGAUCGUCUUCGCUGCCUUACAAUAUCGCAUCAACCAGCUGUCCCUCAACGCCACCCCUGCGGAGCAGUCCAGCGAAUCAGGCCUGGAUGACUUAGAAAAAGCUCUGGCUAACUUGGAGGUCAAGCUGGAAGGGCCGGACUCAACUCUGAAUGUUUUGGACAGUCUCACAGCCAUCCCAGAGCUGAAGGAUCACCUCCGAAUCUUCAGGCCCCGCAAGCUGACCCUGAAAGGUUAUAAGCAGUACUGGGUGACUUUCAAAGAAACGACCAUCUCAUAUUUCAAGAGCGCAGAAGACGCGUUGGGAGAACCUGUCCAACAGCUCAACCUGAAAGGCUGUGAAGUGGUGCCAGAUGUCAACAUCUCUGGCCAGAAAUUCUGCAUUAAGUUGCUGAUCCCUUCCCCGGAUGGAAUGAGUGAAAUACACCUGAGGUGUGCGGAGGAGCAGCAAUACGCCAGUUGGAUGGCCGGCUGCCGUUUGGCAGCGAAGGGGAAAACCAUGGCAGACUCGUCCUACCAAGCUGAAAAGGAGAACAUUCUCUCCUUCCUGAAGUUGCAGAAAACCAACCCGGAAAUGUCCCUCACUGCCGAGACGGAAGGGACCCAAUGGCUCAUGUCUCCUCGCUACCAGAAGAAGUUCAAACCUAAGCAGUUGACUCCCCGCAUCCUGGAGGCCUAUCAGAAUCUCUCUCAGCAUUCCCUGGCUGAAGCCAAGUUGAAAUUCAUCCAGGCCUGGCAGUCUCUCCCUGACUUCGGCAUCUCGUACUUUGUGGUCAGGUUCAAAGGCAGCCGGAAAGACGAAAUCUUGGGGAUCGCCAACAACCGCUUGAUCCGGAUCGACCUCGCGGUGGGGGACGUGGUGAAGACGUGGCGGUACAGCAACAUGCGUCAGUGGAACGUCAACUGGGACAUUCGUCAGGUGGCCAUCGAAUUCGACGAGCACAUCAACGUGGCAUUCAGCUGCAUCUCCGCCGGCUGCAAGACAGUUCACGAGUACAUCGGCGGCUACAUCUUCCUGUCCACCCGGACAGCUGACCGAAGCCAAACGCUGAACGAAGAGCUCUUCCACAAGUUGACCGGGGGCCACGAAGCCCUCUGAUGUUUCUCCUACCAAGGCCUUCCCUCCUCCAAGGAGCAGCUGAGGGGCAGAAUGCACUGCCCACGUUCUAUGGGGGGGAAGUGCGCGAAGGCCCUUAUUGGAGUCCAGGCAUCCAUCAAGACGAUGAAAACGAUGGGAGUGAAAAAAAGAAAUGUUCUCCGCGGAAGAGAAAUGUUUCUCAAAGGCCACAUUAACUAGGGAUGUGUUGUUGUUUUGUUUCGUUUUAGUAAUUUCACGGGCCCUUCGAGAGCUCGCAACUAGGACUAAACAGCAGAGUUAAGAGAACUUUACUAGUUCAACUAUUCAAAUAUCUUGCCAAGGAGGGACGGUAUUUUACUCCUCCGGGAAAACUCAGGGAUUUACUCAACGCAAGUUGAGGUUCAGUUACUUGUCGUUAUUUUUGUACGGUUUGCAAAAAAAGGGAUUGCGGGGGGGGGUUGUCACGUGGAUUGUGUUUUGAGCGCUUUUGUGUUAUCAUCUUCCUAUAAAGAGGAUUUUUCACGGAAA